AUGGCGCGGGAGGUCCUGCGAGGCGCCGCUGGUGCACGCGCCGCCGCGAACCGCCUCGCGCAGCGACUUGUGCGCGCGCUGGAAGAGGCCCGGGGAGAGGCCGCCAGGCUCCGCGAGCUGCUCGAGGCGAACCUGGAAUGCAGCUCGCACGGCGACGUCGCUCUCGACGAGGCCAGCAGGCGAGAGGCCAUCGCCAGGCCCUCCCUGUUGGCGUGCGUCCGUGGGCGCGUCGAGCCUCGCGAGCUGAAGCGGAUGCGUGACGUCGCCUGGCAUGCCGAGCGCUGCCCAGCGAUCGACGCUCCGCCGAAGGAGCGGCGUCUCGCGGCGCGCGGGCCUCGCCUGGAGACCCGGCAGCAGGCGGCGGUCGACUGCAUCGUCACCAUCCGCGAGGCCGAACCCGCGGUGGCCUGGCCCCACCGGUGGCCGCCGCUGAGGUCCAGCGCCUGGCCCUGCGCCCCUCCCGCCGCGUGCGUCGACGUGCUGCUUGGCACCCAGGGCGUCGAGGUGCUCGGCGCGGCGGCCGCGGAACGCGAGGAGAAGCAGGGCUGGCAAAGCCUCCGCUGCACCUUUGGAGCCGUGGCCGCGAUGCCGCUGCCAGUGACGCUCUGGAGUGAGGGCAGCGUUGCAGGCGCGGGAGCGCCGCCGCAGCCAGGCCGAGAGGCCGGCGCGGCCACGGCUUGCUCCGCCGCGGCCGCUCCCUCGGAGCGCAGCGAGGCCGUCACGCAGCAUCCUCUUGCUCAUCCCUCGGCCCUCGUCCGCGGUGGAGAGGGGGCCGACGGCGCUUAUGACGCGUCGGGCGCUGCUGGAAGGGCGAGGGCGCUCGUAGUCAGCGCCUGGCUCGGCGAGCACGACUCGGGCGAGAGCGAGGAGGACGUGGAUGGGACCAGCCAGCCGCUCCACGAGUACGACCUGUUUGGCGUUGAGCCCGACGACGAUUCCGAGUCGGAGGGCAGCCGCGACUCGUGCGAUGUGUCCGAGGACGAAGCGACCAGCGGUGCCGUCGAGGGCAACGAACUUUCGGCCGCCGCCGUCAUCCGCAGCGAGGGGUACGCGCCUGACCCGAGCAGGAUCGCAUAUCUGGCAAGAGGCGGCUGCUGGAUGGCGCCAUUGCCGAGGCGGGGAGAUUGA